GAUCGGCAAUCAGUGUGAGCGGUGAUCUUGAACCACUCGGACGCAGACAGUCCGGCCCGAGCGCGGCAGAUCGCGACUGUGGCGUGUGUGAUCGAUGACACUUAUCGCAAUUAUUGCCCAUAAAUUAGCUAAAGUGAUAAUCCCCGGUGCCAUCCCGUUGAUAUGCGGAAUGAAACUCGCGUGACGGCUCAUUAGAAUUUCCGAGCAGUAAUAAAUGGUGUUUGUGGAUCGUUUGUGACGUAGGAGAUUUGUAUUCAUGAAUUUAAUUGAUAGGAAAGUGAUCGUGAAUAAUUUGCGUGCCCCUCACUACAAAAUGCGGUCUAUUAUGUUGAUUUUGUUUUUGGGGUGCUUAGUGCAUCAAAUCGCAUCAAAUAUUGUGUUUGAAGAUAAGACGCUGUAUGAGGGUGACAACUGCGUACUGAGCAAUGGACGACCGGGCCAGUGCCGUAAGGCUUCCGCAUGUACCACGGUCGGUGGUGGCGAGCUCAAGCUAUGCCGAUCGGAUGGUUCCCGGAUGGUUGGCUGUUGCGACGUUGUGCAACAGCAGUGCAACGCUGUUUUCAACGCAACGGCCACUCGAAUUUCCGACCACAUCGUUGGAGUGGUGGACAGGGCCGAAAGCGGUGAGUUUCCAUUCAUAGCGCUGGUAAUUUACAACACCACUGUGCACCGCUGUGGAGCCACGAUCAUUUCCGAGAGGUUCUUACUGUCCGCGGCGCACUGUUUCAGAAGUGAGUUCACCGCGUUGAAAGUGCGCGUUGGGACAACCGAAGCGGAAGAUGGAAUGGCCGACACGUAUGAGAUUGCCCGAGUCAGACGGCAUUCACGGUACGGGUCGCUACGUCGGUUGAACGACAUAGCCGUUAUCGAGCUGAAGACCAAGAUCAAAAUGAAUCAGCAGGUGCAGCCCAUUUGCCUGUAUACGGAGAAGGAAGAACUGCCGGAAACUCAAAAUCUCACAGUUAUAGGCUGGGGUAUCGAUAAUUCAGAGGAUGUCUCCCGAGUGCUGCUAAAAGGGAUCGUUCGGCCUGUGCUUCGUAGCAACUGUCACCAGCGGUUCAACAAGGAUUUUGUGAGGUUCAACGUUACGGAUGGUCAUUUAUGUGCACUGGGUGAACAAAACGAAGAUGGAACGGCCACUGACGCUUGCCAGGGAGAUUCGGGCGGACCGCUUGUGCUACGUCAGAACGACAAGUACUACCUGGUCGGAGUAGUCUCGUCGGGACCUGCGUGCGGGGGCACUGAGCUAGCAGGCAUCUAUACGUGGGUGUCAAAGUAUUUGGAAUGGAUAAUUGAACAACAAGCUUGGCGGAACAGUCCUCGAUAGCGCGAGAUACAAUUUAGUCAAUAAAUAUGUACGCUUUAUUAAUAAAUAAUCCCAUACAAAGCCUACAAAGUCAAAAACUGCAGAGAGCAAGUUUGGCAAAGAAACUCUCCCUUCUAAGUACCGCUGGAUUCCUGGUUAGCUACACCUAUGCUUGGUGUAUUGUAGAGCUCCAUUAUCGUAGAAUCAGAGUUUUAUAGAGGACAAAUUUCG